UAAGAAGGAAAUAUCUUCAAGUGAACGAGGGACCUACAUAACUGUACCGCGUGUCUGGGUCAGGGGGCGGUCCGCCACGUUAUAGUAUACUCUGUAUAUCGGACAGGUGUAUCCCAUUCUGACUUCACGAGUUCUCGCGUACACCUUGCUGGCACGCAUCUAGCUACCGCGACCCUGAGACUAUCACCGCAAUAUCACGAGACUUAUCCCGGCGUGCGUUGUCACACGGCGAACAAAACAAAAAAAAGAGAGGUCCCUCAAUAUUGCCGGUACGAGGAGUCAAGUAUGAACAAAUAGUUCGCGCUUUUUUUUUAUAAUUUUAAUUAAAUACAAUAAAAAAAUACCCAUAAAAGAAAUGUAAUGCAAGUGACGUGUUUUUAUUUUUGGACCUGAAAAUUUGUGCGAUUUUGUGAUUUUCUUUUUCUUCUUCUUAAUUUGUGCCAUUUUGGAAGACUUCACAUUUUGUGGAAAAGGUAGUUUUAGUGAAUAAAUGUGACAACUAAAUAGUGGUUACUUCAAAAUUUUCAAUUUCGUGCUAUUACCAGGUUGUUAAAAUAAUAGUGCGCAUAUUGGGUCACCGUGGACGUCAACGCGGCAUGCGGUUACAUAUUCUCGUUUUAGCCUGUCUCCUUUUCAAGGGGCUGGCUACCGGCGAAGAAGUCGAAGUAGUGGAAGCGAUACCAGGCGAGGAGAAUCGAAACGAAAAUUCGGCCCUUAAUCGUCAGGACACUGAGAUAAGUGACUCCGAUCAAUUGGCAUUGGAAUCGCUGAACGAAAAGGAUGGCGGCACUGCACACUACAAAUCGGGAGGUCAUCGAGGACAUCCAUUACCACCAGGCAGAGGUGCAAUGUCGCAUCUCGCACGGCCACAUCACAAUGUCGCCUAUCAUGGACCACCGCCUCCAUUACCGUCAAAAACUCAACCCGAUGCCAUGGACAAGGUCUACAAUGUUGGCCCGGCUGGCGGUGAUAAUUGGCCGGCAUUAACUCCCGAUAUGCCGAAAAUAAUGUCACUCGACGUGAAAUGCGAGAAGAAUUUGAUGAAAGUCUAUUUGAGUUUCGAUAAACCAUUUUAUGGUAUAGUCUUUAGUAAAGGCCAUUAUAGCAAUGUAAAUUGCGUUCAUCUACCUGCCGGUCUCGGGAGAUCGUCAGUCAACUUUGAGAUCAGUAUUCAUGCCUGCGGCACUGCUGGGAACACGGAGAAUGGUCUUUAUGGAUAUGGAGCCGAAUCCGGAUCCGGGACUUAUUUCGAGAAUAUUAUAGUCAUACAGUAUGAUCCCCAGGUGCAAGAGGUGUGGGACCAGGCACGAAAAUUACGAUGCACUUGGCAUGAUCUGUACGAGAAAUCAGUGACCUUUAGGCCAUUCCCAGUGGAUAUGUUGGACGUGGUUCGCGCUGAUUUCGCUGGCGACAAUGUGGGCUGCUGGAUGCAAAUCCAAGUUGGCAAGGGACCCUGGGCAUCGGAGGUUUCCGGUCUGGUGAAAAUUGGACAAACAAUGACAAUGGUUUUGGCAAUUAAGGACGAUGAUUCUAAAUUUGAUAUGCUUGUGCGCAAUUGUAUGGCGCACGAUGGUAAACGAGCGCCAAUUCAAUUGGUCGAUCAGAGGGGAUGCAUCACAAGGCCUAAGCUGAUGUCGCGUUUCACUAAAAUUAAGAAUUUCGGUGCAAGCGCCUCGGUAUUGUCAUACGCACAUUUUCAGGCAUUCAAAUUUCCCGAUUCAAUGGAAGUGCAUUUCCAGUGCACAAUUCAAAUUUGCAGGUAUCAUUGUCCUGAUCAGUGUGCUGAUUCAACGUCGUUACUUGACUCUCAGGCUGGACUCCUUGAGAAUCAUCAGGUGGGACAUGGACGUCCUGAUGCUGGAUAUGGUCCACCUUUGCCACUCGAAGCUUAUCUACAGGCCGCUGUAGAUCGACCCAGAGACGAGAGGCGAAGAAAGUCCCGUGAAGUUGUACAGUCACCUGAAAAUAUAAUUGGUGUAAAGAGAAUAAUAAGAGUUGUGUCAACGGGCGAUUUGACGUUUGCCAUUGACGAUACAAAUAAUAGCGAACCAACGAGUGCAACAAUGGUAUUUCCAAUUAAGGACCCAGUGCCAAGUUCAAGUAUGAUUUGCAUGACCACUCCUGGAUUUGCACUUACAUUGAUUGUACUUUUGGCCGUUCUGCUGACCUCAUGCAUCCUCUCGGCCUAUCUUUGCAUUCGCCUUCGACCUCUAAGUAAAGACAAGAAAAACAUUCAAAUUCCAACAAUCAGCAAUCAAAUUCCCAAGAAACCAAUCAAGGCUGCGUGCUUCUAUUCUUAGGUUCAAGUAAAAUUGUUCGAUGGGAUUUUCAUUGAAUCCAAUGUGUUCAGUUAUGCCAGUGCCGCGCAAAUAAAUUGCCGCGGGAACAAAGUGGCGAAAAGUGCUUGAAUAAAAGCCAAAAAUUCAGGAGCUUUUCGACGUUAUAUUUAUAUAUAUAUAUAUUUAUAAUAUAUAAAUGAAAAUGAAGGUCGAUGGCAAUAUAUGCAACCGAGAACAGGGUAAUUUUGCAAUAGCAAAUUUCUACCCAUUUUACCAAUAAUUGAAAGUAGAGUCUCGCUUCUGUAUACCUGGAAAAAAUGUCUGAUAUAGUCUCUAGUUAUUUAAAAUACAAUUUUUAUUGAUUUAGUCCCUUUAAAAAGAAAAAUAACAAAUCAUCAUCAAAAAAAAAAUCGACAAAAAAAAAGGAAAAUAUGGAGAAAAUAGAUCAAUCAAAGAUUAAUUAAUUGUCUGCGCAAAUAUUACGAAAUUGCUUUUUUCCUCUCUCGUUUGGAAUUUUUUUUUGUAAUUUGCGUAAUUAUACUUUUUUCUAUUGUAUGAGAAAUUAUUUAUUUUGAAAAAUUAUUAUUAUUUAAUACCGAAAAUAAAUUUAUGUAAUUAAAUUAGCUAAGUUGAUUAAAAAUUACAACUGAAACUUCUUAUCUUUAGUAGUAGGGAAUAAAUUUUUAAUCGAAAAAACAUUCAAAUUGGAACUGAA